AGACACAUCAGCCUCCCAUCACCAAGCCAACAUUUUCUUUCCCAUCUUCCAAAACCAAAACUGCCUUUCUGCUUUCAUCAAAUCCUUUUACCCUCUUAUUUGUGUCCCAAAUUCUCCGUAUAAAUUCAAGAGGACAAGAAGCCAAACUUAUUUCAUGUCUACUUCUACUACUCAAAACACCAACUAAAUAGAGUUACCAAAAGCCAAUUCAACCAUUGCUCUUGCUCUCUCAGAGCACUUUGUGAAUUCCUUUUCUGAGUAGAGAGACGGAAAGAAUGGCAAUUUGCACAGUCUACACCACCCCAUCUCUCAAUUCCACAUGUUCAAUCUCCACCACAUCAAAAACCCAAUUGGGAUUUCACCAAAAACAGGUAGUUUUCUAUUCUAGUGGCAAGAAAACUAGCAAGAGAGGCAGCAACACAACCAGCCCAUAUGUGAUAACAUGCACAACAUCAGCAGGUGAUUCAAAGACAGUUGUGAUAGGUCUGGCAGCAGACUCAGGAUGUGGGAAAAGUACCUUCAUGAGGAGGCUGACCAGUGUGUUUGGUGGGGCUGCAGAGCCACCAAAGGGGGGUAACCCUGACUCCAACACGCUCAUCAGUGACACUACCACCGUGAUAUGCUUGGAUGACUAUCACUCACUGGAUAGGACUGGAAGGAAACAGAAGGGUGUCACUGCACUUGACCCUAGAGCCAACGACUUUGAUCUCAUGUAUGAACAAGUUAAGGCUCUCAAGGAUGGGAUUCCUGUUGAUAAGCCUAUUUACAAUCAUGUUUCUGGUCUCUUGGAUCCUCCUGAGCUCAUCAAGCCCCCUAAGAUUCUUGUCAUUGAAGGUUUGCACCCAAUGUUCGAUUCACGAGUAAGGGACCUGUUGGACUUCAGUAUCUACUUGGACAUCAGCAAUGAGGUUAAGUUUGCAUGGAAAAUUCAGAGGGACAUGGCUGAGCGUGGACACAGUCUUGAAAGCAUCAAAGCUAGUAUUGAAGCCAGGAAGCCUGAUUUUGACGCAUAUAUCGAUCCACAAAAGCAAUAUGCAGAUGCAGUGAUAGAAGUGUUGCCAACCCAAUUGAUUCCGGAUGAUAACGAGGGGAAGAUAUUGAGAGUGAGGUUGAUAAUGAAAGAAGGGGUUGAGUUUUUCAACCCAGUUUACCUGUUUGAUGAAGGCUCUACUAUCUCAUGGAUACCAUGCGGAAGAAAGCUUACAUGCUCAUACCCUGGCAUCAAGUUUUUCUAUGGCCCUGACACUUAUUUCGGCCACGAGGUGUCUGUGCUGGAGAUGGAUGGUCAAUUUGACCGAUUAGAUGAGCUGAUAUACGUGGAAAGCCAUCUAAGCAACAUAUCCACCAAGUUCUAUGGAGAAGUGACCCAACAAAUGUUGAAGCAUGCUGAUUUCCCUGGCAGUAGCAAUGGAACUGGUCUUUUCCAAACCAUUGUUGGUUUGAAGAUAAGAGACCUGUACGAGCAACUCAUCUCCACCACGGCUAAAACUCCUGUAGAAGCAACAAAGGCCUAAUUAAGAAGCACCAUCAUGCCUAGCCAACCCUUGCCUUGCCUUGCCUGCAUGGACAAAUUAAAGCCCACCCACAAUUUAAUUAAGUCUCUCUCUCUCUCUC